ACAGCAUUUCAGGUAAACAACGUCAGACCACGUUAUAGUGUUUAUUAUUAGCCAAAACACAUUACAACUGCGCAAAAAUGGCUCAAGGCAAAUUAAAAGUAAAAAGCAAAUUGCCAUCUGGGGCGAAAUCAAAGAAGAAUAAGGUAAAGGCAGUGGCGAAGCGCCCGAACGCACCAGUCAAAAGCAAAAGUGCGGCGGAACGGAAUAAGAUGAAGAAAAAUGUGACUAAGAUGGUGAAUGCUGCUGCUGAGAAGCAACUGAGGGCUCUAGCGACCAACACGCCGCAGCUGUCAGCUGCUCAACAACGUGUGGCGGCGGCACCGACAGCGCCCGCUCCCGCGAAAUAACCUCACUCUUAACUACGACGUCUGAUGCAAUGGACUUGUGAAUAGGUCUUCAUGGUUCCUCAGUAAGCAUAACACCGUUGUACUUUAGCUGUACAUAGAUUUCUAGUUUCCUUUAUCAUUUGUUAAUGGUAAACAUGGAUAAGUUUGCUGUAUUUUAAGUUAUUGCACAAAUACAGGCUUGUAUAUAUAUUGUGUAACUAUUUUGAGAUAAUAAGAUGAGUUGACUUUAACGUACAUGUUUUUUAUUAAUUAAACUUGAAGCAAAGCGGACCUUGUUGCUAUUGUCUCGUGUAUUUGUGGUUUCUUCAUUUUAGAAUUCCUGCUUAUGUAAUUCCUAGAUUGGUAGAACAAUAGAUUUGCAAAUAACAUUCUAUUGUAAAUUUGUCUUAUACUUCUAUGAUCUUUGAUACCUACAUACAUUGAAAAUAUAGCAUUAAUGUUUAUUAUAACUGAUUGUCGAAGAAUUGAAACCUAAAUGACAUUGUAAUAAGGAUUCUUUUGUAAAAUUAUAUUUCUUCAUUAAAUAUUUUGCUAUCUAGUUGUCUCCAAAUUAGGAUUAAUACUUGUAAUGAGUGUAUACUAUGAAUCUUUCAGAAGACUAUCUCAAAGCAUGCGGACUCAACUUUUUAAAAUUUUAAUAAUAUUACUAAAAGUAUUCUUAUAUCAUUGUAAACUUGUGAAAUAUUAGCCUCCUAAGCUUAGUACCUACAGGUGUUAAAAUAAAGAAAAAUACUAUAUUUUC